GGCCGAUGAAGAACGUACCUUGAUCUUCGAACGAUCUGUACAGAAAGUGACUGUGAAGGUGGGGGUGGUGGAGGGAAGGAGCAAGCGACUGUAGAGACGACGGGAGGAGCAACCAAGUGAACGGAUGAAAGGGGAAAAAGAGUCCAAAAGGACGGCAAAAGGGAGCGAGUGACAGGGCGAAAGAAGAGAGACAGACUCUUGUGCUGCAGGGUUACAUGAUGAUGCGACCUCAGGGGCCUAUGACGGGCUGGGGAGGCCCUGGAGUGCCACCUCAGGGGUCAAGGGGGUCGUAUGGGCCGCCCACUUCCGGCCCUAAGGAACAGCAGGUGCCAACAUACGGGCCGCCACCUGUGCAGCAGCAGCAGCCACCCAUGGGUUCACCGUAUCUCCAGCAAGGACCGCCACGCUUUGGCCCGCCUCCUCAGGGGCCAACCGCAGCGGGUCAGUUAUCGGAGGCAAAUAUGGCCACUGUCGGACCAGGUUCAGCAGGGGGACUAGGACCAUUCCCAUCUGGACCGCCAGGGUUGUCACCGGCAACGGCCGGUCAGACUCCCAUGGGCCAGCGCAUGGCAGGACCAGGUGCCCCAGCGCAAGGGUUCAUGUCAUCGGCCAGCCAAGUGCAGCGUCCCGGUGGUCCGCCGAUGAUGGGAGCACCACCCUAUUCGGCAUCCAUGGCAGGGGGGUUUCAGCGCGGCCCACCUCUUGGCUCCAUGCCACCUGAGUCGCUUCGGUCGGGAGCAAUGGGACAAGCUCCUUCCCCUCCAAUGCGGCCAAUGGGGCCAAUGGGGCCAAGUGGCAUGGGGGGUCAACAAUUCCAUCCUACUCCUCAGCAGCAUCUAGCCUCGCGAACGGGAGGAGGGAUGAUGGGUAAUGGGCCAUCAGCUCCCCCUUCGGGAAUGAUGGGAUCAGCUGGGUCCGGACCUGGACCAUGGGGUCCUCCUCCAGGCGCAUUGGCAGCACCCGGGACCCAGCCUGGUGCUGGGGUAUCGCAUCCUCCUCUUCCACCUUCGAUGUCGCAAGCAACGCUUCCAGAUGGCACACAGGCGCGACCUGAUGCGAACCCUUUUUUCCGUUCCCCACCUCCGAUGGGCCCUCCAACCAUAACUGGCCCUCCGGGACCACGAGCAAUGGGAGUUGGUCCACCACCUCGUGGCCCUCCGUCCUCGGCCUCACCUUAUGGCACCGUUGAUCCUCAGCCAGGCGUCGCACUUGGAUCUGGCCCUCAGACUUCUCGGUCAUUGCCGCCCGGUGGCCUUCCUCCUCCCCCUUCGCAGCCACCGUACAUGUCACCGUACACUCAGUCGACGCUUCAGCCUCCAACAAAGCAGAUGGAGCGGAUCUCACUGGGUCCUCCUGCAAGUGCCCCGCCUCCUCCUGCUCACUCAAUGGGGCCACCUGGACAUGGCUCUUUGGCGCCUAUGACACCACCGUCUCAAGCACCGACCAUGAUGCACCCGUCUGUUGGAGCUCCAGGCCUCGGGCAAUCGCGACAUGUCUAUUCCGAUCCGUACGGUCCAGGGGUGCCUGGGUCAGUGCAGCCUCCAUCUGCUUCUCUUGGGGUUGCAAACUCACCGGCCGCUCAUGGCUCUGUUGCUGGUCCAAGGCCGCCUGCAUCGCGCAUUGAUCCCAACACAAUCCCGCGUCCAGUCGAGGUCCAGUCGUCACCUGAAGUGUUUCAGACACGUGUAAACAGGAUGGCCACUACGCCCCCGCCAGCAACAUCUCAUUUCGUGGCGAAAGACACCGGCAAUUGUAAUCCGAGAUUUAUGAGAUGCACACUGAAUCAGAUUCCAGUGACCGAAGAAUUGCUGACAAAGUCUGGGAUGCCGCUGGCACUCAUGGUCCAGCCACUUGCAUUGCCUGAUCCCGAGGAGGAUCAGAUACCAGUCAUUGACUUUGGCGAGUCAGGACCUGUAAGAUGCUCUCGAUGCAAGGCGUAUAUGAACCCUUUCAUGAAGUUCGUGGAUAGCGGCCGGCGUUUUCAGUGUAACCUCUGUGGUGCAAUGAAUGAGACUCCGAGGUCGUACUUCUGCAACCUGGGGCCUGACAUGAGAAGAAGGGAUGCAGACGAGCGGCCAGAAUUGUGCAAGGGCACUGUGGAAUACGUGGCAACUCGGGAGUAUAUGGUCCGCCCACCGAUGGCGCCAACGUACUUCUUCUUGAUCGAUGUGUCAGUGAGCGCCGUCUCUAGCGGCAUGACAGCUUGUGUUUGCAAUGCCAUCUGCAAGUGCCUUAGCGAGUUUCCGGAAAGCUCAAGGACAAUGGUCGGGAUCGCGACAUUCGACUCCACAAUCCAUUUCUACAACCUGAACCCAUCUCUGUCCCAACCUGCAAUGCUGGUGGUUCCAGACGUGGACGAUGUGUAUACUCCUCAACCGUCAGAUUUGAUCGUCCCUCUGCAUAAGAGUCGCGACCAUAUUGUGGCCCUGCUGGAGAGCAUUCCAAGCAUCUUUCAGAACACACGCAUUGCAGAAUCAGCUUUUGGAGCAGCAGUUCAGGGUGCCUACAUUGCGUUGAAGCCUACAGGAGGCCGGCUGCUUGCGUUUCAAUCCGUGUUGCCGUCCAUCGGUGUUGGGGCGUUGCGUGGGCGAGAGAGCGAGGCGAAGUUAUCGUCCAUGGCGUCAGGAGAAAAGAAGGAUGCGCACAAGCUUCUGCUUCCAGCGGAUCCCACUUUCAAAAAGCUCGCGGUGGAAUUUGCCGAGUUCCAAGUUUCGGUUGAUUUGUUCAUCACUUCCCAAGCGUACGUGGACGUGGCAUCCUUGGCCGUGCUUCCGAAAACAACAGGGGGACAGAUAUACUUCUACUACCCUUUCACUGUGACCGUCGACUCUCCGAAGAUUUAUAACGAUCUCCGGUGGAACAUCACACGACCGCAGGGGUUGGAAGCAGUUCUGAGAGUGAGGUGCAGCCAGGGGCUCAUGGUUCAGGACUACCAUGGCAACUUCUGCAAGCGGAUUUCGACCGAUGUAGAUCUUCCCUCAAUCGAUUGCGACAAAUCGAUCAUGGUGACAUUCAAGCAUGAUGAUAAGUUUCAGGAUGGAGAAGAGGCAUGCUUCCAGUGCGCCCUGCUCUACACGACGGUGGAUGGUCAACGUCGCAUCAGGGUGCACACGCUUUCUUUGGCUUGCACGUCUGCCCUAGCUAACCUGUUCCGGUGGGGAGACCUGUACACGCAGUUCGCCUACUUCUUGAAGCAAGCUGCCGAGCAGAUCGUGUCCACCCCGCUGGCGACGGUGAGGGAAAAUAUCGUCAAUCUCAGCGUUAAUGUUCUGCAUGCUUAUCGCAAGAACUGUGCAACGUCUACAGCUGCUGCGCAGCUCAUUCUGCCGGAAGCCCUGAAGCUGCUGCCUUUGUACACUUUGGCAUUACAGAAGAGUGUUGGACUGAGGCCUGAUGCUCUCGUUGACGAGAGGGCGUAUUGGCUUGCCCGCGUGUCGUCGCUGUCCACUGCAUUAUCAAUUCCUUUGGUCUAUCCACGGAUGUUUGCUCUGCACGACCUGCCGUCCGAGGGAGAAGAUAAUGGUGGUGUUUUGCCAUCGCCUGUUCAUCUCUCCAGCGAGAAGCUGGAACAUGAAGGCAUAUUUUUGCUUGAGAAUGGCGAGGAUGCGUAUCUUUGGGUCGGGAAAGGAGCCAGUCCGGAUCGGCUGUACCAUUUGUUCGGCGUUCAGUCUGUUGAUGAAAUCUCCCCGGGGCACUUUGUUCUGAAGGAAUACGACAACGAGCACUCAAAGAGGCUGCAUGCAAUGCUGAACCAGAUCCGACGGCAGCGCUGUUCGUAUCUUCGCCUGAGAGUUGUUCGACACGGAGAUCCCUUGGAGCACUUGUUUUACUCGUACCUCGUGGAGGACAAGAUGCAGGGUAGUAUGUCGUAUGUAGAAUUCCUCUGUCAUGUCCAUCGCCAGAUACAGAGCAAGCUAGCGGGCGCAGUAAAUUGAUCCCUAGCUCCGGUAAACCUUAACUGAUAUUUGUCAGAUUUGGAGAACCGUUCCUCCUUUUGGAUUGCGUCGAGUCCGUUAUGUUAAAUUUGAGUACAAGGCGGUUCCCGGAAGUAAUGCACUCGCUUUUUGGAACUCGGCUUUGGCUCGUUGUAUCUUCCAAAGGACCUUUUGGAGAACCGUUCCUUCUUUUGGAUUGCAUUGAGUCCAUUAUGUUAAAAGAAUUGAGUACAAGGCGGUUCCCGGAAGGUAAUGCACUCGCUUUUCAGAUCUCGGCUUUGGCUCGUUGCAUCUUCGGAAGGACCUUUUGAGAACGUAGAAGGGAGUGCAGGGAAGGACUUCGUGAAUGGAGGUGUAGCUAGCAGUGCAGGGAAAUCCCAGUCCUUGGGUGGGUGGGGGGGGGGGGGGGGGGGGGGGGGGGGGGGGGGGGGGGGGGGGGGGGGGGGGGGGGGGGGGGGGGGGGGGGGGGGGGGGAGGGGGGGCGGGGGGUUCAGCAAGAGCCUAGAAGGUCAUGCACUCGCUGUUUGGAUCUUGGCCCCUUAGGAAGAACUUUGUGAACGCAUAGGGGAGUGCAGGGAAGGACUUAAUGAAUGGAGGCAUUGCAAGCAGUGCAGGGAAAUCCCAGACCUUUGGAGGGGGUUGGCAGGAGCCCGUAAGGUCAUGCGCUCGCUGUUUGGACCUUGGCUUUGGGUCAUUGUAUGUUCUGAAGGGACUUUUCAAAUUGAGUAUAGGGAGUGCAGGGAAGGACUUUGUGAAUGGAGUAGUGGUUCAGGGGAAUCCACAGACCUCAGGAGGCAUUUGGCGGGAGGAGGAGGAUGUGCGAGAGAACAGAUCUUUCGCAACAGAUUGGGCUUGACGAUGAAUAAAUUGUGUGGGAGGGUACUGUUAGUGGGUGAUCGGGAUCGGUAUCGAGUUUUCUGUUUGAAAGCAAACCGAGGUUUUCUAGUUUUGACUCUACACGAGUGGGGGAGGUUUUUUUUUUACUUUUUUUUUUGGUCUUGUGGGUAGUCGUUGCUCGUUAAUGGGGCUCAGCUUUGGUGAUUGCCGAACAGAGGACGGGAGGGACGGGAUCUGAUGGAGCGUGAGCGCCUGAUGGUUGGAAAUCGAGGGAGGGGUUUGAGUGCAGAAGCUCUCGGAGGAGAGCUGUGGAGACAUUCGAAGGGAGAAUGGGGAAGAUCACAUCUCGUUCUGUCACGCUGUGGCUUUAGGAUUAUAUGACCAAUUGAGGUUGGAAGGGUCAGUCGUUCGUUUUUCGUUUUGAUGCGCAGGGAGAUGAGAUCAAGUUUGGGAUGGUGUGAUUGAUGUUUGUCUCUUCCUUUUUUUUUCUUUUGCUGCUUUGUUUUGUUUCGUGGGGAACGUCUAAGUUUUAUCAGCGUCGUGAUGCGAUUGCGGUUUCUUUGCUUGCUUUCCUCUGUUCCCCUUCUUUCUUGUUCUUGUGUCGGGGUGAACGUGGAGCUGUGCUCCACGCGAACAACAAAUGAGCCAUGUCUCA